GCUUGGUAUACCUGGAAUAAUGCAGUGCUGCAGUGCAUCAUUUUGGUUGUGUGUACAUAACUGACGGUGACUGCGGGUGUUAUUCAAAAGUAUCAAAUCUCAUAAAGUGAGCCAGAAAACCCGUGUUUUGAUCUCUUCUCUAUUUCUCCUUCCCUGCGGCAACCGCAUUCUACAUUGACCAAUGAUUCUCCCUGACGGCGCGAGCGAAACUCUUCAAGUGAAAGAUGAAGGUUUUGACCAUGACAAUAUCAUUUCUCGGGGAAGCUCUCCUGGCCUUGUACGAGGAACUAGCACUUCUCGUCCUAAAUCGCAAGUAGGAUACUCUGGCGCCCGUCGUCCAGCUUAUCCUGAAGACGAAGAUCAUGAGCAGUUCUACGAUGAGGCGUAUACUAAACGGCAAACAUCCGAUGCCUCACUAAUACAUAAUGCUGUGGUCCCUGCAGGCCAAUCUAAAGGAUAUUAUCAGGAUUUGGAGUAUGCGGACCCAUAUACCACUCCCAGCCCGUACUCAAAUCAAACGGCAGGCAAGCCAUCACCAUUCGCUUUAUUUGUCGGUAAUGACGGAAAAUAUCCCUUGGAGCAAAGAAUUGAGAAUAAAAAGAGAGGAAUUGGUCGUCAAGCGUAUCCGUUUCUCACGUGGAUCGUAUCUGUUGUGCUGAUUGCGGUCUUCAUAUACGAAGAAGUGAUCCAAUCGAAGGCCCAGGGCACGCCGGUUUCAUUUAAGCCUACUGUCAAUCCUAUGCUCGGUCCUUCGGGUUCAGCUCUCAUUUUUCUUGGUGCUCGAUUUCCUCCAUGUAUGAAGAACGUGUCGUCUGUUCCGCCUUCCACGCUGUUGGCUUGCUUGAAUGACACUGCUAAUCCCUCGACGAUAAAUUGUCCGUUAGAAGACAUUUGUGGUUUUAACGGUUUCGACAAUGGCACACCCAAUCAGUGGUUCAGAUUCAUCACCCCGAUAUUUCUUCACGCUGGGUUCAUCCACAUCGCCUUGAAUCUCCUUUGCCAACUGACAGUAAGCGCUCAAGUUGAGAGGGAAAUGGGGUCGGGUGGAUUCUUCCUGGUUUAUUUUGCUGCUGGUAUAUUUGGGAAUGUGCUCGGGGCCAACUUCUCUCUCGUCGGGUCCCCUUCGACCGGUGCAUCUGGCGCUAUAUUUGGGACAACAGCUGUCGCCUGGGUGGAUCUUUUUGCUCACUGGAAGUAUCAAUAUAGACCAGUACGAAAGCUCAUCUUCAUGACCAUAGAAUUUCUGAUCGGAUUCGCAAUUGGCUAUAUACCUUAUAUCGAUAAUUUCGCGCAUCUCGGUGGAUUCCUUCUGGGUCUGCUCGUGGGCAUCGUAUUCUACCCUGUAAUCAGUGUCACGAAACGCCAUCGCGCGAUCAUGUGGACUUGUCGCAUAGUAGCAAUGGUGCUAGCAAUUAUUUUAUAUGUGGUUUUAAUCCGAAACUUUUAUACUUCGGAUCCUUAUGCUGCGUGCCCAGGCUGUCGUUAUCUGUCGUGCUGGCCUACUGCGUCUAAUAAUCACUGCCAAGGAACCGGUCUCAGUAGCAGUAGUAGUAGUAUCUAGUUAUAUGUAUCUCUGCGCAAUCUUUGACAAGAAUGGACUUCCGUAUUUAUGUACCGUAGAUGCUCACGGAUAUUUUUAG